AUGAGGGUCCUGCUCUCAAUCCUGGGAGUCCUCACCUUGCUGUCCAUGAUUCCUCUGGCCAGAAGCUUCCUUGAGAGCCAUGAGUGCUCCUCUGUGUACCUCCACUGCAGAAUGAAGUGCCAUGCCACUGAGUAUGCCAUCAGGUAUUGUGAGGACUGGACCAUCUGCUGUCAGGUAAAGAAGAAAGAACUAAAGAAGAGUAAGAUGUGGUGA